AUGUUACAGCUCGCUGAGGAGAUUGGUAUUCUACCCGAAGAGCUUGAUCCUUACGGCAAGAAAAAAGCCAAAGUUUCGUUGGAUGUCUUGCAAAGAUUGGACCAUGUGAAAAAUGGAAAGUACGUCGUAGUUACUGCUAUUACUCCGACGCCACUGGGAGAAGGAAAGUCGACAACCACAAUGGGUCUUGUUCAAGCCCUAACGGCCCAUCUUCAUAAAAAUUCGUUUGCCUGUGUUCGACAGCCAUCGCAAGGUCCAACCUUUGGCAUUAAAGGAGGAGCAGCUGGAGGAGGAUAUGCUCAGGUUAUACCGAUGGAGGAAUUCAAUUUGCAUCUGACUGGCGAUAUUCAUGCUAUCACAGCGGCUAAUAAUCUCCUAGCAGCCGCCAUUGAUGCCCGAAUGUUUCAUGAAAGUACUCAGAAAGAUGACGCUCUUUUCAAUCGACUAUGUCCGGCAAAUAAGCAAGGUUUGGUUCCAGCUCAGCUUUGCAACAACUAUAGUAAAACAUAG